AUGCCUGGGCAGAUCUCUGCAGUAGCUGUACUCUUCCUGUCCCUGACUGUAAUUUUACAUGGCUAUCAAAUAAGAGAAAAAGAAUUUCCAAAAGCCAGAGGCUAUCUUCAAUAUACUGCAACAGCAACAGAACAGAUCACAACAAAACCUCCACUUCAACUCAUUAACCAAAGAUCUCAUGUAAAUUUUGCACCAAGAUUUAAGGAUGAUUAUAGUCAAAUGGCUGCUGAAACUUUCACCUUUGAAAACACAGCCCACAUAACAAUGAAAAUAGCAACCCCAGUAACUACAAAGAGCCUUCUACCCAUCAGCUCAGCUAGCCACACCUUUGUCAUAUCAAAUAACUCACACAAGACUACUUCAUCUACUGAAGAUACCAAUGACCCUGGCUCAAUUUCACAUUUACCAAUUCCUACAACCAGAAUUAGUCUAGCCACUGUCAACCAUAUAACUGGGAGAACUACCCAACUUGGUGGUCAGACAACCCUUCCCAAAACAUUUUCCAUAGCAUCACACAAAAGCAUAACCAAUCAGAGGCCAACUCUAUCCACUAAUGUCUCAGAAAUAUUAGCAUCAACACCAAAGGACAGAUCAACAACCUCACCUGUCCCCCUAGUUCCUAGGCCCACUCUUGUAACUUGGUCAUCACCAGCCAAGACUGGAACUUAUGAAGUCCUAAAUGGAAGCAGGCUCUGCAUAAAAGCAGAAAUGGGAAUAGCGCUGAUUGUUCAAGAAAAGGAUUUGGAUUCUGCAACUCAGAGGCGCUUCAACAUUGACCCCAGUCUAACCCAUGCAUCUGGGCAAUGUGGCUCCCAAAAAUCCAACUUCUUUUUGAAUUUCCAAGGUGGAUCCGUGAAUAUCACAUUUACCAAGGAAGAAAAUUUAUAUUAUAUUAGUGAAGUUGGAGCCUAUUUGACUAUCUCAAAUACAGAGAAGACUUACCAGGGAAAGAAGAAUACUAUGAUGAUGUUUGAGACAGUAGUUGGGCAUUCCUUCAAGUGUGUCAGUGAGCAGAGUAUCCAGCUGUCAGCUCAGCUUCAAAUGAAAACAAUGAAUAUCCAUCUUCAGGCCUUUGAUUUUGAAGGAGACUCCUUUGGAAAUGUGGAGGAGUGUUCAUCUGACUACACAGUUGUGCUUCCUGUGGUUGCUGUUGUCGUGGUCGUCCUCUGUGUUGUGGGUCUGGGCAUCUACAAAAUCCGUCAAAGACAUCAGUCAUCUGCAUACCAGAGAAUCUAAUUUGUAACCAAAGGAAAUGACAAUAGAGUUUAGAAAAAUUCAGUAUUUCCAGAAUGUUGGAGGCAUCGCUUCUGCACUGCCUUCUACU